AUGUCUGGCUCCAGCACCGCAUCUUCAGAUACCUCCAUGAUAGGCCAGGUGCCUUCAGAGGAAGAAAUCAUCGCCAAUGCAGGCAGCACUGAUGUAUUGACUGUCGAACAUGGUGCAAAUUUGAACCGUCCAAGUACAAGGCCGACAGACGGACAGGCCGUGCAAAUGCACACCUCCGAGAACGACCCUUUGCUUGUUUCUGGACAAACAAUCUCGAAUGAUCAUCCGCACGCACGAGAUAGAAAGCGCCGAUUGACAAGCAAUAGCGAUGCUUCCCGACUUCAGCGAACUCGUUCUGGCGGAGCAAUCCGGCCGGAUGCUAGUACACAGGCUGCAUUACCUCAUCGAUCUGUCUCCAUGGUUCUGCCGAGCUCGCGAGGUUCCAACUCAAAGGCGCCGGGCUCGUCAUACGCAACGGCAAUUGAUAUCACAUCUUCACCGUCCGAUGACGGCCGUUAUGGGUCGAUUGAUCCUGCGGGCAGUGGACAUGGAAGCUCCUCUUUCCGGGCACCAUCGAAUUGGUCCCAUGCAAGUGACAAUGGAUCUCACCCGACAAGAAUUGCUUCCAGAUUCCAGCAAGACUCGAGAGUUGAGGAGUCAAGACAUGUAUUAUUGUCUAGCGGCGCCUCGUCGACGUCACGCAUGGCGGAAACACCCAAUGACAGACCUGGCUUUCAGACAUGGCACCCUGCAUCAGAGACAGGUGUGCAAGCAGAUGUCUUGAUGAAUUCAAAGAAUAAAGUCCGUCAACCUCUUCCAUGGGAACCACAAUCGCGGCGGUCUUCGCAAGGCUCAAGUGGCGGCGCAUGGGAGAGCUAUGCACAAGGGAACUCGCAUCGAGGAAUUACUGGCCAGGAGCCGAGAGUCAGAGCUUCCAGCUUUAUCAUAGGGCAAAUACCUUGGAUGCAUCAGGAUUCCCAGAGAAUAGACAGAGAAAUGUCGAAAGCUUCGGAUGGAGGCCAGAGCGCAGGGUUAUUGAUGGGAAUUCCCCAGAAAGAAGGGUCUUUUCCGCGAGCUCGGGAGAAGCUUCUCGAGCCAGGGCCAAUACAGACGAAAGACGACAUGGGAGGUAUCCAGAAUAUCAAGAUAUCGAGAUGCCUCGGUGGCAGCCUGAUGCAGAAGUCACGACUUGCCCGAUUUGUGGCACCGUUUUUAGUUUCUGGUAUAGGAAACACCACUGUCGGAAGUGUGGCAGAGUUACAGUUCAUCGUCCGCCCUCCCGAUACUCCCAGCUCACCACCUUCAUCAUCUCCUCCUUCGCACCCUCCCGUUGUCGACUUGACCGUCGACGACUCUACUCCCGUCACCUCUCUCAACUCUCCUAUCAACCCUGCUCUCGGAGGUGGUGAAAAAGUCCGCCUCUGCAACCCCUGCGUCCCUGAUCCGAACCCCAAUCCUCUGGGUUACGGAUCUCCUCGAGCUCACGGCCAUCGAUCCACCCACUCGUUGACCUCCUCACCAACCUCCUCCAUGGGUAACCUGUUCUCCCGGCCGGCGAGAGAGGAAGCUUCCUCUCGCCAGGAGCGAAGAACCGUGGGCGCCAACGACCGCCCCUCGUUCCUGCAAGGCCUCGGCCAGCCGGCCCGCAGAUCUGUCUCUGGCGCUAUGGCCAGCUUCGGUAACCGAAGCCGUAUGGCCGGUACCAUCUCCGUCGCAGACUUGUCUGCCGCUGCCUUCGCCCCGCCUCGAGACACCCAAGUCUCGGAGGAAGACCUUUGCCCCGUCUGUACCAGACGGUUCCCCGCGCUCAGCAAUGAGCAUACCCAGGACGCGCGCGAAGCGCACGUCCGCGAGUGCAUCGCCAGCUAUGGCGCCUCGCCUGUCCACCGUGAGCCCCAACACGUGGACCUCCGCCAGCCCCCGCCCCCGCCACGCCCGUCGCCCGCAGCCGCCCGCAUGCUGCCAUUCACGGCGACCGAGAAGGACUGCCUCGCAGAAGAUGGCAGCGUGGCUGAAUGCACGAUCUGCAUGAUUGAGUAUGAGGUCGGGGACAGCCUGGCCCGCCUCAACUGCUUCUGCAAGUUCCACAAGACGUGCAUUGUGGAGUGGUUCGAGAAGAAGCCGGUGUGCCCUACUCACCAGGGUUAG